CUAAAAUAUAGACAGCUGGCAGCCCGCAACCAGUUUAACAGAGAUAAAGUAGCGUGGAGGUAGUGCCGUUGUGUAUUGUUGAAUAACGAUCUGAUUAUUUUUGUUUAUACGCGAAUUUUGUGAGGAUAUCGUAUUAUAAACUGUUAUAUAUCAAUAAAGUUAAAGAUUUUUGUAGUUGUAAGCAUAAUCUGUACUUUUUUUAAGUUCUUCUGUACAAAUUGAAUAUUUUAUCCGAGUGUGUAAUCUUGUAUCGGCGACUUAACGUUGGACGGUGGUUGAAAAUGUGAGUUAAAUAAUAUCAUGCUGGUUAACAUUUCGGCUUAAGGACAAACCUGCAGUUAUAAGAGAAAGACCUUGUGUAACUAUGAAAUUGUUUACGUUUCUCCUGUUGUUACCGGCAUGUUUAGCACAUCUCAAUGUUUACUUGAGUAGUGCUGAAGUAUGGAGACUACUGGGACUAACAGCGGAAUUGUUCUACGUUCGAGACGGACAGAUCAACUCUUAUGCGCUGAACUUCGUGGUUCCCGUGCCGGCGACCAUAGGAGAGCUGCAUUUCACAUGGCAGAGCCUCACGCGAAGACCGUUACCAUAUAUAUUACACGUAGACUUGGGAAAAAACGAAGAAGUAUUACACACACCGACGUUUAACAUUUCAAGCACGGGUUUUGUGCCUACGGAACCACAAACUUGGAGAGUAGAUUUGCCAUGUACGGGCACUGUUUCCGCCGAAGUGGCCGUCACCAUAUCUCUCAACGUGUCCACCGGUUCUUCCUCGACCGCUUUGCUUUUCCGACGACGAAAAAUAUGUCUUAAAGAAGCCCAUAGGCCAGCUGUAAGAGUGGAUAGCGUGCCGCAUGCAGCAACGUCUGCUGAUAUAUUCUAUGCAGGCGCAGGAUGUGCUGGAGGUGCACUCUUAAUCGCUGCCGUCGCUGCUACAGCGUGCAGGGUACGAGCGAGAAAGCUUCGCAGAGCACGGAGUGACGAACAAGAUGGUCAUGCAUUUCUACCUGAUUCUUCUUGUAAGUCUGCCGCUAGUUACACUAGCUAUCGACGACCUACUUCCCUACCCGCUGCGGCAGCGGAGGAAAGAGCUAGAGAUUUGCAACAGAGAAUAUCCGAACUGACAAUACAAAGAUGUCGAGUUAGAUUGCGAUCAGUGGCAAUGGAAGGGACGUUUGGCAGAGUGUAUAAAGGAACAUAUGCUGACGAAGAGGGUAGAGAGCAAGAAGUUCUAGUUAAGACCGUAGCUGAACAUGCGUCUCAAGUUCAGGUAUCGCUUUUACUCCAAGAAGGCUGCAUGUUGUACGGACUUCAUCACGAGCGCGUCUUGUCUGUACUCGGCGUCAGUAUCGAAGAUCAAACUGCUCCAUUCUUACUCUAUCCUUGGAGUACUACCUGGAGGAAUUUGAAGCAAUUCCUGUUAGCGUGUAGAGGAGUGGGAUUCGGUGUUGCGGCAAACGGACCGCCUCCACCACCAUUGACCACACAACAUGUUGUCAGGAUGGCAUUACAUGCGUUAGAUGGCUUGGCCUAUUUGCACUCCCAGCACGUUCUGCACAAGGACAUCUCAGCAAGAAAUUGCAUUGUGGAUGAGAAUCUUCGAGUGAUGAUAGCGGAUAACGCGUUGUCACGCGAUCUUUUCCCCGGCGAUUAUCAUUGUUUGGGCGACAACGAAAACCGGCCGAUCAAAUGGUUGGCUCUUGAAGCAUUAUCAAAGAAGCAAUUCAGCCCCUCGUCGGAUGUAUGGGCACUUGGAGUAUUACUAUGGGAGCUGACCACUUUAGCUCACCAGCCGUAUGCUGAAGUAGAUCCGUUUGAAGUUGCUGCAUAUCUGCGGGACGGUUACCGAUUGCAGCAGCCAGCGAAUUGUCCAGACGAACUAUUCGCUGUAAUGGCUUACUGCUGGGCGAUGUCUCCCGACGACCGACCCACUUUGCCGCAACUACAAAUUUUCCUACGAGACUUCCACACGCAAUUAACGAGAUUCGUCUAAGACAUUCCUUACAUAAAAAAAAAACAAUCCAAAGACGACAAUAAUAUACAUAGUUAGUGAAAUAGUGAAAGAAUAUAGUGGACAUAAAAGAGGCCUUAAUAUGCCCUAAGUGACAUUCUAAAAAGAAUUUAUAGUGACGAGUAUUAAAAUGAAGCACGGAGAUGAAAGAGACUGAUUUAAUAGUGAUUAUUGAAUUGUAAAUUAUACGUUUCAUAUAUCACGGUCGUUACAUAUUUUUUGUUUCUAUUUCGUCAACGAUUUCUCCAACAAUAAAACUCGAAGCUUUCACAAUAUGUAAUAUUUUUUUGCCGCGGGAUAAAUAAAUCAACUUUACGAUCGGCUUGUGUAAGUUUCUUAAGACGAACGAAAAUAUUGCAUAAUGUUUCUGCUUUUAUAUAAAUAGAUCAGUAUUAACGGAAUAGAAAGAAAAAAAUGUGGCAUUUAUAUUAUAUGUAUUGUAAUUAUAAUUUCAAACCUCACUACUGCCAUAUUAGGAUAAAAGAAUAUAUGUAAAUAUUGUUAGUUUAAACAUUUAAAUACGUAUAUUGAAUGUGCCUCGGACUUUAUGAAAGAUAUAGAAUUUUAUUGCUGUUCUGUUGAAAUAUUGAAGUUUCGAUUAAGUCUGUAUUUGAAUUUUUAAUACCUUGUUUCGAUAUAAUUGUAAAAUAAUGGACAUUCAAUGUAAAUUUUUCAGUGUGGCAACAUUUUCUUAUCUAAAUAAUUUAUUGUCUGUCUGAAAUUUUUCAUACACAGGUCAGUAUUAAAUACGAUUAUAGCAUGUUAUUAAAAAUUAAAAAAGUAUACGAUGACUUAACUAAACAUCGAACUUACAUACAUAAUAUUUUACAAGAUCUCUUGUAUUAAAAUUACUUUUGCAACGAAAUUACGAUUUUAUUUUUAUUGGUAUCUGUGAAGUACCAAAAAUUAAAAGAAUUAACUCUCGUUCAGUGCCAACGUAUACUCCCAUACUCCAACCACAAUUACAGAUUUACUAUCGGUUAACAGUUUAGUCAAAUUGCUAAUAAGUAACUAAAAUAUUCCAUAUAUUCUAUCAAAUAUAUAUCGAUUACAAUUCGAAUGAUUCGAUUCGCCCACAAAUAUAAUCGAUCAAAAACUGUCAAAUAAAAAAUGUAAUAAAGACUAAACUAUUGACCGAUUUAAAUUUAGAACUGAAAAUUUAAUAACAUACGAAUAAUACCUAUAGGUAUGUAAGACCAUUUGAAAUUUCAAACGAUGUCGAAGGCCUAACAAGUUCUGCUACUGAUUAUUUUGACAUUUAAAACGGAAUUAAUUAUAAGAUACAAUUUAUGUUGCAUUACAACUAUAAUAUCCAUUUCAAAUAGCAUGGGUACUGUGACAUUUGAUUAAUAACAUCUUACGCGUGUUGUAUUCCGUAACAAUAAAAACUCGGUUUUAAUUUCCAUUUUUAAUUAUAUAUUUUUUUUUAAUUCUACGUAAUUGUUCCAACUUUAAUUAUAAACAUACAAAACUAUAUUAAUUUGGCCGUGAAUGGUUUUUUUUGCCUUUCAAAGGCUGACACUAUAAAGUCGUUAAAUACGAUAUAAUAUUUCAUAAUAAAAGAGUUAAAAAAAAAUUAAGGAUUUCUUUUGAAUGUCAUACAUUUGAAUUAAUUGUUACGAAUACUCGGUGGAGUCGUGAAAAAUGAUUCUUCAUUCUUCGCGACUUGGUAAAUGCUAUUAAAAUAAAUUGUUUUAUUGAUUCGCAAUCAACAAUUCACAUAAGAGAUUAUGUAUAUGUUGAAUAUUGUAGUGAUAAAUAGGUGAAAAAUUUAUAUUAAAUUCAUAUUUUUUGUCACUCAAUUAUUUUUGUCUUGUAUUUAAAUUAGCACUUCAUCGCUAGAAAAGUCCUAAAUGUCACCCUAUCCAUGCUGUGAGAAAAGAGUACAACGAAUAAUAUUUUUUAUUGACAUUUGUUUUUUUUUUAAUCUGUCGAAAUUUGACAAUUUAUUUUAUCCAUCUGGUUUGCCACCAAUUUUGAUAGUAGUGGUGACAGGAAUUAAUAAAACAGUAUUGUUAUUUCGUAAGUACAUGUAAAGUAUUGAUUUAAAAAUAAAUUUUAGAUAAGGUUGUAAACACUAGAUUUUCCAUUUGUCAACAAUUAGUGUGACGUGACCUUAAUAUGAUCUAAUUCAUGUAUCUUCGAGUUAUUUAUACAUUACUUAAGGCAGCUGUUAUAAAUAUUAAAUAGAUUUGUAUAUUUGUAAAUACUGUGCAAACGUUAUGUCAAUAUACGAGUGAAUAUA